AUGGUAGGGACUGUCCGAAUGAAGCAGCGUGAAGGCCUAGAUGCACCAGGUCAUUUGAUGUCUUCCAUUGUUGGCUUGAACGAUGGUGCGGAUGAACAGAACAAGUGGGUGCGUGUGUUGAAGGAUGUGGAGGAGGUCUGUGUGAGACAGGGUGGGCGGCGAAGGAGCGAUGCUGCCGAUGUGCUUCGCAACCGCAUCAACAAUGAAAUGCCGGCCCCGGAUGCAUCUGUUCCUGGUGAACUUUUGGGUCGUGAAGGAGCCCAAGAGAGGCGAACACUUCAAAAAAUUCGGAGAAUUCAGAAGAUUGCCCGUGGCACGGCUGAAAAUGAGCGCAAUGUGGAAUCAGCUAUGUUCCAAGUCAAACCUUCCAAGUUGGUUGUUCCGACCAGAGACGAACCGCUGUCGAUGUUUGAUCCGGCCACCUGGGGCAUGUCGUUUCCGGAUUUGUUUCCAUGGGGUGAUGGCUUGCCUUUUUUGAAGCGUGAAGCCAACAUGGAUGCAACAGAAGUGUUUCGAUAUUUGUUGCUUCGGGAAGAACUGCAUUACAGUGAGGGUGAUGCCUUGUUGCCAAGAUGGUCGCUUUCAGAGACGUUGCUUCCAGUGAUGUACGACGUGCAGCGUCGAUUACAGUUGAUGCGUGCGACGAAAGCGCAUGUGAUGCGUCGUGGCUUUGGCAAACAUUGUCGUGUUAUUUCUGAAGUCAACACGGACCAAUUGCUCAAGGCAAUGGCAUUGCAUGGAGACAAUGCGGACCUCAGGGAGUUGCUGCGAGAUCCGCAGGUGGAUGUGGCCUUGAAGCGAGCAUUGGGAGGAGUGCUUCAGGCAACUUCGAGCAUCAUUGGCAUGGAAGGGCACCGCAGCCAGAUCCGGUUGCGUGGACAUGCGGCUGGGUGGCAUUAUGGUUCUGCGCAUCUGUUCGUCACGCCCAACAUCGCAGAUAUGCGCUCGUCCUUGCUACUUCAAUUGCACCUGCAGAAUGUCAAAGUGGAAGAGUGCAAAAUUGAUUUGGACUGGGAGGCGGAGAUGCCCGAAUUGCCCAGCGCAGCUGCUAUGCGACGGAUUGUCGCGAGCGAUCCCGUCGCUCAAGCGCGUUGCUUUGCCUUGAUGAUGGAUUUGUUCUGUGAGGAGGUGUUGGGCAUUCUUCCACCUUUGACCAAGGGAAGUUUUCGUGUUGGCGUGGCAGCAACCUUCGAAGAUGGCAUUGCGAGUUCCCUGCAAGGAGGUGUUUUCGGUGAUAUUGUGGCGUUGAACGGCCCGUUGGAGACUCAGGGUCGUGGUUCUUUGCACCCCCACAUGCUUAUUAUCUUGCUGGGACACGACCUGGGAGAUCGCUUGCGGAAACUGAUUCAUCGAGUGCAGCAUGGUGAGUUGGUCGUUGAGUUGCAGCGGUGGAGUCGUCGUGUUUUGGAGGCUGUGCAGCGUUUUCAGUAUGAUUCUCAAUUGGCCUUGUCGGAGCAGUUGAGCAGUCCGACAGAGCCACUGCCUCUGAAUGAACGUCAGCGAUCAGAAUGUGGUCACCAGUAUGAAUCCGCGCCUUUGGUGCCUACGGAGCCGGAUGGACACGAAUUGGAAGCCUUGAAGUUGGGCGGAUCCGUGGCUGGCAAGGUUUUGACAUUGACCGGAUGCUAUGCUUCUUUGCGACCCAAGUAUCUGCGACGCAGUGAACGUUCUGCGGGAGAUGGUCUCGAGUGGAAGAAAAAAUUCUGUGAGGAUUACAGACGUUUGGUGAUCCAGAAAGCCGUGAAAGGCAAACGUGGGUGUCGCUUUGGUUGCUUUCACGUUGAAAUGAUUCUGGGCAAGGAGGACAAGCCGAAAGUGUUAUGUCGGAAAGGUUGGCCUCGAGUUGCGAAAGCAGGUUUUUCUCGGUUGCAAUAUGAGACAGUAGAUUUGAAGGAGGUUGAAGAGUUCAAAAACGAAAACCCGCAUGUGUUUCAAGCUCGGCGUGAUCACCCUUUUGAAGGGAUGUCGAACCCGGUGGCGCAAGCAGUGAUGCGAUGCAAUGUGGAUGUCAAGUACAUUGGACGCAAUUUUUCAGAAGCAGACCUUUUGAAGUUUUGUGAUGGGAGCAUAGACCAGGAGCCUGGAGUCGAAGUUCCUCCUGCUUCUGCAUCUUCUCUGUUGGAACUGUCCGGGAGUGGAUUGCAGGAGAUGGAACUUCAACGCCCGGCGCUUGGUUCGUCUUCGGAUGCUAUAUCGGGUGCUGAUGCCUCACAUGCAGAGCAACCUGUGUCGACUGAGUUGGAUGCUUCGGAUCCGCCGCCGAAGAAGCAAUGCAUGGGUCGUGUUUUGGACACGGAGCAUAAGAAGAUGCAGACGAUGAGAAAGGCGCUUGAGCGCAUUCUGGUGGACCUUGCAAGAGAUAUGAUGAAUGUUGGUUUUUACACUGGUGAGUAUGCUGCAAAGAAGUUUGAAAUUUCGCGGAGUAUGUUACCUGAAUUGUAUGCAGGAGUGCAGCGAUUGGAAGAGGAGGAAAGGGAAAGGGCAAAGGAAGCUGCAGCGGCCUCCGAGCAGGAGCCCCUGGAGGGGGACAGGGACCCUACUAUGACAGGGCAACAGAGGCGUGCAUUGACGAUUUUGAGAAGACUUGCCUUUGGAAUGAAUCGUUGUGUGGCCAAAUCCAACGGUGAAAUGGCGUAUCAGAUGUUAUUCGAGCAGGAGCAACUGGUGACGUAUCGUGGCUACAACAUGUUCUUCCGCUAUGUGCCGUAUGCAAUCAUGCGUUGCAGACAUGAGGACAUGGAGGAGGUUUUGCAAGCUAGGCCGCAUCUCAAUGGCUCGCCCUUGGAUGUGCUUCCUGACCCCGAAGGAGAGGCACCAGUGGUGGUGGAUGAGUUUGCGGAGGUUGUUGAUGAGGGAGGUGAUGUGCCUAGAGUCCAGCAGGUGCAUGUGAACUUCAACCAGAAAGACGAUUACUUGCACAGGGGCUCUUCGGUUUUGUUGCAAUGCAUGUCUCUUUUGAUGUAUUCUCGCUUCGUUCGCAGAGUUUCGAGGAACAAAGCCGGCAAGGUGGAUGGAGUGAAGUUUUUCGACUUUGAUGAGCACUAUGCCCACUUCAGUUCCUCCGUUCAGGAAGUGAGAGCAGCAGAUGACAGUGUUGUGGUGCCUUCAGAUUUGCACCUUCCGAAGGAUGCUGAGGUGCAGAAGUACGCAGCUCACAUGUUGGGAUUAUCUUUUCCAUUCCCAACGUGUUCUGGAGAUUGCAGUUUGUCACAUCGAUGCUUUGCUUGCCACACCAUGGAAGAAGAUGCAAAGCAAGGCGUUCUUUUUGCUCGUUUUACGCUGCAUUGGAAGCACUGGAAAAGUUACAUGUCAAUGAGGAGGUGUUUGGCGGAGGAAAGAGUUUUGGCCGGUUUGUCUGCUCCGGUCAUCCGGGAUGUUGCAUCAGUGCGUUCCUAUGUUGCUGGCAUUGGUGACACCAGCAGUGCUUUUAGAUGUUUGGAGAAGCUGUUCGGUGGAGCAGAAGGAGCGGAUUGUCGCUAUCAUGACAUGCUGCGCAUCUGUGAGCGCGUUGCCUGGUUCGCAGACUUGUCCGUUCCGUUUCAUUACACUCAGUUGACAUCGCAAGAGUUCUUGGCCUAUAUUCAGACAUCGUGGUUGGAGCGUUUCCAGCAGCACUGUGCUGCACGUCGUCUCAGCAGCAGUCGUCGGACAGCUGAGCGUUAUGCUUUGAUGACUGCUUUGGACAAGGAGGAGGACCUGGAAGAUGAUUCGGCACCGCCGGUUAUAGAAGGACACGAGGUCGAGGAUGAUCUGCUAUUGCAAGAAGAGUUGGACAACUUGGAACGUGCGCAGUGGCCGGUGGAUGGAGAAGCAUUGCGCGAAGCUAUGUUUCGGGAAGAGGAUUGGAUGAAGGUGUUGGGCAAUCGAAAGCCAUCUGUAUUGCAGGAUGCGUUGCAGCGUUUGCGUGACUUUGUGAAUGGUUUGGGAGGUGUUCCGGAUGCGAGGAUUGAUUUGGGAAUCAAAGGCAACGCAGCCAGUGGAUUGGAGCGUAAUUGGACGUUCGCCGAAGCCCAGAGGUCUUUGAUGCUGCAGAAGCAAUAUUUGGAAUUUUGCGUUGGAGGUGGUGAAGAGGAUACUGAGAUGAUGGCAGAUCAUGUUUUUCGGCCUUUGCCAGAGACGGAAGAUGCCUUUUUGGUGGAGCUGAACCAGAGGAAUGUGGGUCCGAGUGAUUAUGCUUCUGCCUUGCUUGUGGAGCACAGUCUGAAUCGCCAACAGAUUUUGGCCAUUGCGCCCAUUGCUUGGGUCAUGGAACAGAUGUGGCUUGACCGAAGCAAUCCGGACAAUUGCAUUGCGGAUGGUGCGUGCAAUGAAAGGUGCAAUUGUCUUUGGCUCGGAGCUGGUGGAUCUGGAAAGACGUAUGCAUACAGCAAAGUAUUGAGGCCACUCUUUCGACGCUUCUUUGGACAGGAUGGUUAUGCUGCUGGUGCUCCGACUCACGCUGCUGUUCGCCUCCUGGGGCCUGAGGCCAAAACUUUGCACAAGUGGGCCAAUGUGCACAAGAGCAGCAGCUUGGAUCGCCGCUCCUUGCGUUCGGCGAAGAGCAAGGGCAGCCCGAUCGAAAAGAAGAUCGAAGGCAUCAUGGCCAUGCUGUUGGACGAGUUGUCGAUGGUUCCUUCGGAUGUGUACCAUGCUGCUUCGCUUCCAUUUGCCACUGUUCGACAAGCUCGACUUAUGCUUGACAUGGGCGAUUACUUGAAGCAGUGGUUUGGGAAGGUGCCCAUUGGUGUGCAAGUUGCUGACUUUCUACAAUUGCGACCCACUGCGCAAGCAUCCUUGUGCGAAUGGGUGGAUGCGCCACGAGCUACUGAUCCUGCACCGCCUCAAGACCAAGAAGACCACAGCGAUGCCGAAGAGGCCGUGGAGAAGGAGGCGGCUGAACGCACCAGCAAUGCCUCAGAACUUGGACGGAUCGCGUUCAAGCAAUCGCUUCAGCGAGUUGUGCACUUCACUGGAUCCGGUCGUUUUUCGAAGUGUGCAUCCGGACAGCAGCUUGUGAGGAUUCUUUUGUCCAUGCGGCGAGGCGAACAUCUGGAGGAUGCAUUGUGGGGAGCUUUGGAAUCUCGAGUGAUCAGCCGAGAGCAACUUUUUUCUGACAAUUCCUUGCGCUCAAGGUUGUUUAGUGCUCACUGGGGCGGCCUGGCGUGGGAACAGGUUGCUCGUUUACAGCAUUUGCGGGUGGCUUGGGAAGAUCAACAGAGGUCCACGACUCUUUUCUUGGUGCAAGCUAUUGAUCGUGCAUCGGGGCCCACAGAUUUGACAAGGGAGCAGAGCCUGAAGGCAUUGCAGGUUGUGAACAUGACAAGAACGCAGUAUCUCAUGGGCAUUUGCCCUUUGUAUGAAGGGAUGGCAGCACGUGUAAGUUGCAUUUUGGACAUGCCGAUGCUGAGUCGAGAGUUGCCGGUCAUUGUUCGCUCCAUUAAGUUGCACCCGAAGGAACCUGUAAUUUCAAACAGCAGUGGACGUGUCGUUUUGCAAUAUCAGCCGUUGGCCGUCUUGGUGGAGAUCGAUGACCCGGAAUAUCGUGCCAUUGCAUUGCCAGAUGGCAGUGCUCCGAAGGGACACGUUUGGCUGCGUCCCGUUACAUGUGAUCAGGCCUGGGAUCUUCCUCUUGGGGGCAAUCAAUUUAUGCAGGUUCAUCGCAAACAGUUGCCACUGGCACCUCGUCACGUUCUCACGCACUACGGUUUGCAGGGCAUCACUGCCAGACAAGGGCUGCUUGCUUUCAUGUCCAAACCGUCCUGGAUGAGUCAGGCGGACUAUGGCUUGGCUAUGUACGUGAUGUUGUCAAGGCCAACCAAGCUGGAAGAUCUGUGGAUAGUGGAUUUGCCGCCUCGCAAUGUGUUCGAAAAGUUUCUGCACGAACACAAUCCUCUUUUGGUGCAGCAGAUGCGGGAGUUUGAAGGUCAGGCCUGCGUGGACGAGCGGAAGGCCUUGAAGUAUGUGCAUAGACUUUCAUGGCAGUGCAUCCCUUGGGUGUCACAGCAUUUGUCUGCAGAUGAAAUGUCUGCUGAUCUUUUUGCUUAG